AUGGCUUCUGCGACUGGCGGCGCUUCGGACAGGAAGUCUCUCCUCCAUCGAUACCUUGAAUUGCCAUCCGAGAAGGGGCAGUUCAUGGCUACCUACGUGUGGAUUGAUGGAUCCGGAGAAAAUGUUCGCUGCAAGACCAUGACCCUCUCGGAAGAACCCAAAUCCGUCAAGGAUUAUCCUAUAUGGAACUUUGAUGGUAGCAGUACAGGUCAGGCCGAGGGCUCCAAUUCAGAUGUCUACCUCUACCCUGCGGCAAUCUUUCGAGAUCCCUUCACUCGUGGUAACAACAAACUCGUUCUCUGUGAAACCUACACUUACGACCAGAAACCCCAUUCUAAUUUGACUCAUUCCACUCUCUUGAAAGCUAGCAACAAACGUCGGGAGUGCGACGAGGUCAUGAAACGAGCCGCAGCGGAGAAACCUUGGUUUGGAAUUGAGCAGGAAUACACUUUCCUCGAUGUCGACCAGUACCCCCUACAGUGGCCCAAAAACGGUUUUCCAGCGCCGCAGGGUCCCUACUACUGUGGUGUAGGAGCUGACAGAGCAUUUGGUCGCGAUAUUGUACUUGCUCACUAUCAUGCCUGCCUCUACUCGGGCAUUAAGAUUGCUGGCUCCAAUGCGGAGGUGAUGCCUUCCCAGUGGGAAUUUCAGAUUGGACCCUGCGAGGGAGUGGACGCUGCCGACCAUCUCUGGAUGGCGCGCUAUCUGCUUCACCGUGUUGCUGAGGAUUUUGGAGUCGUAGUUACCUUCGAUCCCAAACCUAUGAAAGGCGACUGGAAUGGAGCUGGUGCACACACUAACUUCUCAACUUUAUUAAUGCGCACACCUGGAAAGGGCAUAGAUGUCAUCACAGCGGCUAUUGACAAAUUGGCACUUGCUCACGAUGAGCACAUCAAGAACUAUGAUCCACGUGGUGGAAAUGACAACAAGCGUCGGCUGACGGGUCGUCACGAGACCAGUAGUAUAUACGACUUUUCUUCGGGUGUGGCGAACAGAGGAGCUAGCAUUCGAAUUCCUCGCCAAGUGAGUGAGAAUGGCUACGGCUAUCUGGAGGAUAGGCGACCUUCGGCAAACUGCGAUCCCUACGCAGUCACCAUGAUGCUUGUCAAAACUACUUGCUUUUAA